CGUCAUGGCCGAUAGCCGAGUCGGAAUGGUAUGAUGUGUUCGAUCCCGACCUUUUUUUGUAUCAUCGCACCGUCACGGUCAGUACUGUAGUUCUCAGUGGGCUGGCACUAUUGCUAUGCCAAGCUUGGUCACAGCGGCGUUGGUUGUUACUGCUUCAAGUUUCAUCUGGACUACUCCGAUCAACCUCAAGAAGUUUAGGCUGAAUUUGAAGCGCCCGAUCGAAAUAUCUCUGUUGAAAACGUUUCGGCCCCCUGCAUCCGCAUCUACUAUUGUUAUCAAACGCAUUCCAUUCCCUGGCAUGAAAGCUAUUUGUGAAUGGUAUCAUUCGAGGUACGUCUGCAUGUUUUCUAUGAACAGAUUGGCGACCUGUACGUAUAAACCAAUGCUUUUUUAGAUGUGGUACUGCCGUCCCAAUGGAAAAGUGUUCAACUGAUAGUCCGGUCGACUGUCAAGGUAUACCUUGGACUUAUUUAGCCGCUGCCAGCGCCACAUCGACAAUUUCUGUCAUUUUUAUCACUGCCUCUUUCUUCUGAGUCCGACCGGCAAGUU